AUGUCCCGGCACUUCACAGGUGAGCUGUUUCUUGAUGACGUUGUCUGCAGAGUGCGGGAGUUGACGGCUAGUCAAAUCGGACGUUUACUCAGAAUACGUGCGCAAGUCGUUCGGUCUCAUCCAGUUCACCCGGAGUUGCUCCUCGGCACGUUUCGUUGCAUGGAGUGUAAAAUGGUUAUCCGUAACGUGGAGCAAUCUUUCAAGUACACACAGCCAUCAGUUUGCUUCAACCCUCAAUGUGGCAAUCGUACCCGAUUCGAUUUAUUGACAAGCGAGUCCAAGUUUGUGGAUUUCCAAAAAGUACGCGCGCAAGAAACCCAAUCCGAGUUGCCGAGGGGCAGUAUUCCCCGCAAGUUUACAGAAAACGAUUCCUUGAAAUACGUUGAACGUGCCAAGGAGCUCAAACAGCUCGAAAGAAGCACAUUGACCGUUGAAUUCACUGAUAUCAUACUAGCGGACUCCAGACUUUCGGUCCUUAUUCAGGAUGAGUAUUACAGAUCGUAUCCAGAGAUGUGUCUUGCUGUCAAAAACUUCGUAAAUGAUCACGUUCCUGAUACACAAGACUCUGGUCGUGAUUUCUAUUUAGCCUUCUCUGAUGUCCCGGCACUUCACAGAGUGCGGGAGUUGACGGCUAGUCAAAUCGGACGUUUACUCAGAAUACGUGCGCAAGUCGUUCGAUCUCAUCCAGUUCACCCGGAGUUGCUCCUCGGCACGUUUCGUUGCAUGGAGUGUAAAAUGGUUAUCCGUAACGUGGAGCAAUCUUUCAAGUACACACAGCCAUCAGUUUGCUUCAACCCUCAAUGUGGCAAUCGUACCCGAUUCGAUUUAUUGACAAGCGAGUCCAAGUUUGUGGAUUUCCAAAAAGUACGCGCGCAAGAAACCCAAUCCGAGUUGCCGAGGGGCAGUAUUCCCCGCAACUUGGAAAUUAUUCUAAGGGCCGACGCAGUCGAUAUGGCACAGCCUGGGGAUCGCUGUGAGUUUAUCGGAACUCUUAUAGUUGUUCCGGACGUCAGUCAGCUGGCAACUCCAGGUACCAGGACCCUGGAAGCCAAACCGGUACGUGGGAGGGAUAAUCGCGAACUCGGGGGAAUCACUGGCCUGAAAGCUUUGGGUGUCCGUGAACUUUCCUAUCGGACUGCUUUUCUCGCGUGCACUGUCAUACCUUCCAACGGUCGGUAUCUACCAUCCGACGGUCUCGAGGAUGCUGAUGCGAUCUCAUACGAAGCGCUGUCCAAGCGUUUGACUACGGCCGAGUUGGAUACAAUUUGCAAAAUGAGUCAAGACCAUCGGUUGUUCUCUAAUCUGUGCAAUUCCCUUUUUCCCACGAUUCACGGUAGCGAAGAAGUGAAAAAGGGUCUGUUACUGAUGCUGUUUGGUGGUGUCCCAAAGGUCACAGAGGAAGGCACCCAUCUGAGGGGCGAUUUGAACGUUUGCCUUGUCGGCGACCCCAGCACGGCCAAAUCGCAGUUCCUAAAGCACGUGGAACGUUUCUCCCCUCGUGCCGUCUACACCAGUGGCAAGGCCAGUUCUGCCGCUGGGCUCACAGCUGCAGUUGUUCGCGAUGAAGAGUCCUUUGAAUUUGUGAUUGAAGCGGGUGCUCUUAUGCUGGCGGACAAUGGCGUAUGCUGCAUCGAUGAAUUUGACAAAAUGGAUGCACGGGAUCAAGUUGCCAUCCACGAAGCGAUGGAGCAGCAGACUAUCAGCAUCACCAAGGCUGGUGUGAAAGCCACUCUGAAUGCGCGCACAUCCAUCUUGGCGGCCGCCAACCCAAUCAAUGGCCGCUACGACCGAUCCAAAUCACUGCGGCAAAAUAUUGGUCUGUCUGCCCCGCUCAUGUCCCGCUUCGAUCUCUUUUUCGUUUUGGUAGACGAGUGUAAUGAUAUCGUCGAUUACGCCAUCGCACGUUCCAUCGUAGAUUUACACAUGGGUAUUCAGGGCCCAGAGAACACAAAUUCUGUGUACACAGCGGACGACAUUCGACGAUACAUUGCAUUUGCACGCUGCUUCAAACCGAAGAUAAGCCCAGAAGCUAUGCAGUCAAUGGUUGAAGAGUAUAAACGUAUGCGCCAGCGUGAUGCCUCCAGCGGUGCGAAGUCCGCCUGGAGAAUAACAGUUCGUCAACUCGAAAGUCUGAUUCGUCUUUCCGAGGCCACCGCUCGGUUACAUUGUGCCGACACGGUCACACAAGCUCAUGUGCACGAGGCAUACUCAUUGCUCAACAAAUCAAUUAUCCGUGUGGAACAACCCGAUAUUAAUUUGGAAGAAGAACUACCGCCACCCGAUUUAACACCAGCUCCAUUGGCUGACCAAGUCGCUGAACAAACUGCACAGGCGCCAGACACAGCCGGGCAUCUUCGCAUCACAUACGAGGAAUACAAACGCAUCGCUAGUCUGCUGAUUCUACGCACCAAACAGUGGAGCGAGACUACCGUGGAUCAGCAAGCGGACAGCGCUUCUGAUCAGACCGAAGGGGCUCCGAGGCGUAGCGAACUCAUCAACUGGUAUCUGGAAGAAGUGGCCGACGAAUUUCAGUCGGAGGCUCAGUUGGCCGAGUGUAAAAUACUUGUGGAGCGUAUCAUCGACAGACUGAUCAAGAAAGAUAACAUUCUCAUCGCGAUUGGCGGUACUGGUCUGGACUCUGUGUCCUCUGAGGCGGCCGACCCCUACCUGGUAGUCCAUCCUAAUUACAUCGAAUAAACACACAACAGAUACAUCAAGAUACAGAUUUAUAUUUUUGCAGUAUUUAUAAAUGUCUUACAUACUCGUUUCUUGUUCUCUCCCACGAUAAUCAGUGAUCCGGUUUCGCUAAUUAACAAUUGUAGACUUCC